AUGCAGAACUCGCCGCCUCACAGGAUCCUCACCGGCCACAGCCAGAGCGUCACUUCUUUGCUGUACCUGCCACUCUGGUCGGCCCGCUUUGACCCGAGCUGGCUGGUGUCAGGGAGCCGGGAUUCUUGUGUGAUCUGGUGGGACAUGUUUACCGGAGAGAUUUUACAUCAGUUUUCUCUGCAGGCUGGACCUGUCACGAACCUGCUGCUGUCUUCAGAAAACUACAGAUUCAACGGCCAGAGGAUCGUGUGCUGCCUGUGCAGUGACCACUCGGUGGCGCUGCUGCACUUGCAAGAGCGGGCCUGCAUCUUGCACGCCCGGAAGCAUCUGUCCCCCGUGAGGAUGCUCGGAUGGCGCCUGCUGGAAAACCUGCUGGUUGUGGGAUGUGAAGAUGAUUCUGUUUCCAUUUGGGACAUCGAGACAGGAAUCCUCGAACGGCAUGAAACUGGGGAGGCGGCCAGAGCGGUCCUUGCUGGCUGCGAAGACUCCCCUCUUCCCACGGCUGAUUUGCUGCUCCCCAUCCUCGAGGGCAACACACACAAGCAGAAGGAUGCCGGCGGCUCCCACCCCUCCAGCUCCUGCCGGAUGGGGGCAGUUCCCCAUAGCAGCGACUCUCACCAAGAAAAGCCUUCCCCCCAGCUCUCGUCAGCCUGCCAUGCCCUGUGGCCUUUCACCAUCUUGCCCGUUAAGACCAAAUGGGAGAAUAGAAACUUCCACAUUCUUCUGUUCGAUCUGGAAAUCCUGAGGGAACUGCUCUGCCCGUCCGACCUCCAGGGGCUGAAGUCCCCCAACUCCCGCUCGCUCCACAGCUGCGACGCGGCUCUUGAGAGGGCCAAAAGCACAGCUGAGAAAGGGGCUCUGCUGCUGAGAAGAAACAAGACCACGGGUGCCCUCGCCCCCCUCAGUGGCCCUGCGGAGGAGCAUGGCUUUGGGGACGGCCCUGCUGCUGAAAGUCUGGAACAAGGCGGAGGAGGCCUCAGGUGGCAGAAGAAGGCCAAGAGUUCCAAAAAGACGAGGAGGCAUCAGCCCCCGGGGAAGGCCAGCCUGCAUGUUGCCACAGAGGCAGCCAAGCUCCUCUUAGCGUGCCUCUUGCCUUGGGGGGCAGACAGAGAGACCGACAGCCUCUCUGUCCAGCAUUUAGGCCUCUCGAGGCUCCUCUUGCCAGUCUCCUUUGGGCUGGUAUCCCAGGAGAGCCACCUCUCUCUGACGUUGCCAGGAUGGAGCCGCACUCACUGCCCUCUGCGGAACCAGCCCGGCCAGUCCGUUCAGGGGCUUCCCAGCAGAGUGCUGGAUUUGCGGAACAAGUACCUGAGUGCAGCCCAGGAGCCCCCAGGAAAGACCCACGGAUGUAGAAAGGACCCAGAGGGACCCCCGACUCUACUCUCCCUGCUGAACAGAAUAUGCUUAGUGAAGAAGAUCCUCAGCAUGCCUCUAGAGAAGAGCAGCCUGCAGAAAGCAGAGUCCGUCCGCGCCAAAUGGAGAGCCAGCCAGUCUGGUGGGACCAGCAGUGCUCACGAGGAGCCCUUUGACGGCCCCUUCGGAUUUCCCGUUCAUGAUGCUGAGAAUAUUUCACUUGUAAAGCUGAUUUUUUGUUGGAGAGACCAGUCCAUUGAGGUUGUGGAGGCCAUGCAAGCUGUACUGUUGGCUGAAGUUCAGCGGAGCACGAGGAGCCUCCAGAGCGCACUGGCCAAUGGCCGUGGGCUGGGGCCAGCCGCUCUAGCAAGGGCUAGCCAGGAGGACCCCAAAGGCCUGCUGCCGGGGCUGGCCAAGAGCCACCUGUUGCUGGCUGCAGACUCCGUGGUCAAGUGUGACAGCUCUUUGUCCCGUGAAAUAUCACCAGGAGGAGAGGACAUUUCUGAAGAGCAGAAGACCUUGGAAGAGGCAGAUAACCAAGACGAGAAGAAGCCACAUCAUUGGAUGUCCAAGGUGUGUUCCUGUAAAGUGUGUUAGCAGACAGUGCUGCUUUGCCAGUGAGAUGUGAAGAUAAGACAGAAGAAGAAGAAGAUGAAGAAGAAGAGUUUGGAUUUAUAUCCCCCCUUUCUCUCCUAUAGGAGACUCAAAGGGGCUUACAAUCUCCUUUCCCUUCC